AUGGCAUUUCAGGACAUGGCCAUGACAAUUGAAUACUUUGAGAGGCGGCAAGCUGAAAGCCCACAGUUCUUCUAUGCAACACAAGUGAAUAAGGAGACAAAUGCGGUGGAAGCAUUGUUUUGGGUGGAUGGAAGGACAAGAGCACUAUACCGAAAGUACAAGGACUGUGUCUUUUUUGAUACAACCUUCUGCACAAACAAAUAUAAUAUGCCUUUUGCUCUGAUCGUUGGCAUCAACAACCAUCUUCAGACUAUUGUCCUAGGCUGUGCAUUGCUUCCAAACGAGCAAACUGAAACCUUCAAGUGGGUCUUCCGGCAAUGGUUGCUUGCGAUGAACAAUGAGUACCCAACAAACCUUAUGACCGACCAAUGCAGAGCAAUGGAAACUGCAAUUUCUGAUGUGUUCCCUCACACAAUCCAUAGGCGUUGCAAGUGGCAUGUACAGCGGAAGGCACGUGAGAAACUCGGGGGGAUGCUUACAAGGGAUUCAAUUUUUGAGAAAACUUUCUAUGAAUGCAUCAAUGAAUCCGAGACAGUGGAUGAAUUUGAAAAAACAUGGCAACACAUGCUGCAUUGUUUCGAGUACACAGAGAAUAGGCACUUACAAAACAUGUGGGAAUGCCGUCAGACAUGGGCUCCUGCAUACUUCAAAAAUGAUUUCUUCCCUUUCGCAAGCACAACCGGGAGAUCAGAAGGGUUGAAUUCUUAUUUCAAGACGUUGGUGCAUCCACAAAACUCGGUUUUCACAUUUGUAAGUCAGUAUGAACUCCUACAAGAAACAAUGCUGGACCGUGAAGAUAUUGCUGCUUUCACCGGAGAAAUGACAACACCGCCACUAUGGGGACGAUACAGAAUAGAGCGUCAAGCUAUUAACUUCUACACACGCAACGUCUUUGUCAAGUUCCAAGAGCAAGCGGCAGCAUCGACAGCUUAUAUAAUCAACCAAGUGCCUAAUCUUGAGCAUGAAGGUAUCAUGUUCGAGCUUUACUCAAACCUAUAUGAUAAUCCAAAGUUGUACCAUGUGCAUGCUGUGAUAGAAGAGGGGCUGUACUCAUGUAGCUGCCAUUACUUCGAGAUGAAUGGUGUGCUUUGCUCACACAUUAUAAGGGUGAUGAUACAACUAAAUGUGCAAGAAAUUCCAAGUAGAUACAUGAUGGAAAGGUGGUCCGAAGUAGCUACAACAAACAUGGACACCUCUGGGAGGUUCCUUGAGUUUGGACUACCAGAAACAAACACUCUCAAGUAUAACUCGUUGUGCAGAGAUAUGAAUGCAUUGGCAGCAGAAGCAUGCUCUGUUGAUCCAGUUUACAACUUACUGACAGAUGUAAUGAAGCAGCUCUGGCCCAUAGUUGCUUCAAUGAAAAAAGAGCAAAUGUCAAGGGAAGAUGUGAUGCAGCAGCAACCCCCUCAAGCAGGUGAAUGUAAUGCUGUAACUAGGACAAACCCACAAUCAUCAGCACUGCUACAAAAUCCUGCUCGUGUGCCGAAGCAAGGUUGA